AUGACAGACACGGACGCAGCGACGACUCUCCCGUCGCUUGAGGACCUCAAGAUGAUCAACGAGAUCGCCGAGCUCCUCGAUGAUGCGGGCUUGGCUUCCGCAUCGCCAACGCCGUCCGUCAAGAGUGACGACGCGCCGGCGGCCAAGAUCGUCAAGACACAGCACUAUUACCGCAAGCGGCAAAAGGACGAACGCCAGUACCUCCACGACCAAGUCAAGGAGCUGAGCUCCAAGCUGUCUGUGCUCACGACCAUGAAGACGCUCGAAGUCGAUCAGUGCUCGCACUGGGAAAAGGUCGCCCGCACGCAGAAGCUUGGGUCGCAAAAGGCGGCGCUGGAGAACGCGCGGCUCAAACGCGCUCUCGAGGACCAGCUCAAGCUCGCCGAGGCCCUCGACCAGCUCCUCGUGAAACGCCCUCGCCUUGCCACGUUUCCGACCAUGGACGUGAUCGACUGGAAGCUGCGCAAGCUGCCAAUGGAGCCCAGUGCGCGCGAGACGAGCUUCCACGCGAUGUUGAAUGACGCGUACGACCACGUCGACACGAAUUUUCUCCAAAAGGGACUGUACGACUCGAUGGACCACCUCCGGUCGCUUGACGUGUCGGCCAACGAGACGGACGAUGCGAUCGUCAUUGACGUCCAGAGCGUCCGCCAGAUCGCGAGCAACUAUUUAACGUGCAGCCAAAACUUUUGGUCGCUCUUGAGCGAGCACGAGUACCUCAACCUCCCCAACGCCCACCUCCAAGUGCUCGAGCAUUUUGGCUCCGACGGCAUCUACUUUCGGCAUCGCGCCCUCAUGCCGCAGAAGAACCCGUACUCGCAGCUCCUCUGGGGCGUCAAGCGCUUCUACGAGAAGAAUCGCGUUGUACUCGUCUUCAAGACGGUGCUCGAGGACCAGCGGUACCCGCCGGUGCCCGGCCUGUACAUUGGCAACCACACGGCCGC